AGGGUGCUACAAUUGAAAAUCCACUAAUAGGUAUAAUAGUGAUAGGAACCGAAGAAAUUAACAAGAGAAAUGGGAGCUGAACUUUCACGAGAAGUUGAUGAGGAGCCUCGCAACCACCAACACCAGCAGCUGUUGAGGCCACAAUCACAAUCACAACCACAGCCUCAGCCGCAAUUAUCAAGAACGCAGUCUCCACAGCUAAGAAGGCCACAGUCACAACCACAACCACAACCGCAACGGCAGCCUGUGGCAAAUAAUGAAGGAGCUACCAGCAAGGAUGGAUGGUUACUACCAUCAAAACCAUCCAUCAAAGCCACAAACUCAUCAGUGGAAAAUUAUUCCCCCACAAGAGUUGUAAAACCCAACAAGGGAAACAAUCAUCACCAAUCCAUGAUAGCCACUACUAAAUCCUCCAGAGAACUGAUGAUGAAUCUUCCAUAUAGAUAUGAAGACAUAUUGAAGGGUGCAGACUCACCGGUUCAUACAUCUUCCAAGGAGAAGUUGCUUGAUCAGCUAUAUUCUGGAGUCUUCUUAGACCAUAACACUAAGAAAUAUUGGAUAGAAAAGAAGUCCAAUAGCAACUGUUUCAUGUUAUACGCAAGAGCACUAUCAAUCACGUGGGCAGAAAAUCAACAUUAUUGGAAAUGGGUAACCCAGAAAGAAUCAAGGUCCGCAUUUAGUUAAAAUGAAUCUUAUGAUCAAAGCACAUUGAUUUAUCUUAGACAGCUUUUUUAUCUAGUCCUAACUGAUUAGAGCGAGUUAUGUUCCCCAGGAACUCUAUAUGAAGUGUCGUUUAUUGUAAUGUUGAAGGAUCCGGCGCAAGGGUGGGAAGUUCCGGUCAACGUUAGACUCGUGCUUCCGGGAGGUAAAAAGCAGCAACACAAGGAGAGUUUGAUUGAGAAGUUACAAAUGCAGUAUAUAGAGAUUCCGGUUGGCGAGUUUGUAGCAUCUGAAAAAGAUGGUGGGGAGAUGGAGGUGUCUCUGUAUGAGUAUGAAGGUGGCAUGUGGAAGCAGGGACUUGUGAUCAAAGGUGUUGCCAUCAAACCAAAGGAACUAAGCUAGACAGUAAUGAGAUUUCUUUCUUUGAUGUACGAAAUCUUAGGAAGGAUCAAAUAGAGAACACGAGCUAAUAGUUUUAGUAACUUAAGCAUAUGAUACUAUGUUGUAGUGUUUCCAAAAUAAGACUCUUUUAGGUGCAUUAGUUGCACUAUUGCAGUCGUCAAAAAAGUUUUAACAGAGGGCAUCGAAUUAUGAAUAAUGAACGG